AGCAUUUACAGAUAGAACUGUGCUAGUAUAGUAGAAUAAGCUCCUUGGGAAACGCGACGUGCGGCCCAGUUUUUCAGCGCAUAAAGUCGCCGCUGAGCCUUUGCGCUCACCUGGGCCGCAGCUUUCGCACGCGCCGCUUGUGUCCAGAGCCUUAAGCACAGCGCUAGCGAGCAUGGGCUGCGGGGCCAGUCAGCCAGCUGCGACGGGAGGGCCCGGCGUAGAGCCACAGGCGAGGCAAGAGGCGCCACCAACGCCCAAGCCCCCGCCGGGCGCAGCACCUGCACCUGCUCCUGCCGCUAAGUCUUCUGCGGCGGCCUCUGCCGCCGCACCAGCGUCAAAGCAAGCCGCUGGGAAUGGAGCAGCCGCCGCUGGGGCGGCCGCCAGUCCACCGGAUGACGCGGCGGCAGCAGCCUCGGCGGCCCUGCUACGUGCCGCCGCCGAUGGCGACGCGGCGGCUGUGGCUGCCAGCCGCCGCCGCUGCUGACGGCACCGCCGCCACCGCCGCCACCGCCGCCGCUGCCUCCGGCAUCCCGCUGCUGGCGGCGGUGGCGGGCGGGCACGUGGAGGUGGUGGAGCUGUUGGCUCGGGCGGGGGCGGACCUGGAGGCGCGGAACAAGGACACCAAUACGCCGCUGCUGACGGCCGCGGGCGAGGGCCGCACCAAGCUGGUGGAGGCGCUGCUGGGGGCGGGCGCCGACCGCACCGCGCGCAACGCCUCCGGCCACACACCGCUGAUCGCGGCGGCGGCAGGCAACUUCACGGAGGCGGUGGAGGCGCUGCUGGGGGCGGCGGCGGCGGCAGGCGGGGCGCCGGCACUGGAGCUGGAGGCGGCGGCGACUGGGUCGGGCUGGACGGCACUGCACUGGGCAGCCGAGAACGGGCACGUGGGGCCGCUGCGGGCGCUGCUGCGGGCCGGUGCGGACGCGGCCGCACGUGACAUGGACGGCCGCAGCCCCCUGGGGUGUGCGGCGCUGGGCGGGCACGUGGAGGUGGUGGAGGCGCUGCUGGGCGCGGGAGUGGACAAGGAGGCGCGGGACCGGGCCGGAGCCACGCCGCUGCUGCUGGCUGCCAAGGAGGGGCGCUCGGGUGCCGCCGCCGCGCUGCUCAAGGCGGGGGCAGACAAGGAGGCGGCCACGUUCGACGGCUUCACCGCACUGCACUACGCGGCCCAGAACGGGCACAGCCGAGUGGUGGAGGCGCUGCUGGGGGCGGGCGUCAACAAGGACUGCAGGACGGAGGCCGGCGCCACGCCGCUGGUGUUGGCGGCCCAGGCCGGCAUGAGCGACGCGGCGGAGGUGCUGCUGCUGGCGGGGGCGGACAGGGAGGCGGCGGGCGCGGGCGGCCGCCGCGCGCUGCACCUAGCCGCCGCCCUAGGACACGCCGGCGCCACGCCGCUGGUGUUGGCGGCCCAGGCCGGCAUGAGCGACGCGGCGGAGGUGCUGCUGCUGGCGGGGGCGGACAGGGAGGCGGCGGGCGCGGGCGGCCGCCGCGCGCUGCACCUAGCCGCCGCCCUAGGACACGUGGGGUCCCUGGAGGCGCUGCUGCGUGCGGGCGCGGACCGCGAGGCGCGGGCGGGCGACGGCAACACGCCACUGCUGCUGGCGGUGUAUGAGGGGCAGGCGGCGGCGGUGGAGGCGCUGCUGGGGGCGGGCGCGGACAAGGAGGCCAAGGACCUGGACGGCUGGACGGCGUUGCACCUGGCCGCCAAGGACGGGCGCGAGGAGGUGGUGGCAGCGCUACUCAAGGCGGGCGCCGACACGUCAGUGGCCAUCGGCGACGGCCGCACCGCCCUGGACCUGGCGCAGCAGUGGGACCGCACCCGCGUGGUGGAGAUGCUGGCAGCCAAGCAGCAGCAGCAGCAGCAGUAGCGGCAGUAGCAGCAGCAGUAGUGGCUGCAGUAGUGGCUGCAGUAGCAGGGGCUGCAGCUGGGUGCUUUGCAAGCAGCACUCCACACAGUUGGUCAUGCGUGGUAGAGUCAUUCGUUGUAGGGUCAUUGGUAGUAGAGCGCCGAGUGUAUGGGGCGCUGUUGAGUGGGCGGCGCGGCGAUGACAGCAAACGUGAUGAUACGAUACGACUUUGCAUGCAGUUCUGCUGCGAGCAUGUUUGAGUGCCAGUGUGUGUACGGUACUCGGCGCAAUGGCAAUGGCGCCCGUGUGCGGUGCGGGUCAUGUGGCGGGGUCAUGUGGCGGGGUCAUGUGGCGGGAGAGAUUGCGAGCCGAGUGCGUCACGUGUUGCAGGGGAGGGGGGCGGAGGGCUGGGGGGGAGUGAUGUCAGGCGGGUGCGCCGUUCUUCAUGUCCGCGGGCGAUAGGAAGAGGUGGUCUGAGAGACGCAUGUUUGACGAGAGGGGUUGACGUGUCCCAUGUGCUCCGCGUUCAAGUGGCUCCUUGCCGCUAGGAGGUGGGAGUGCACCGGGCAUAGAAACCGGGCCAGGACCGGCUGGGCAGGUGUGCUAGAGAAGCACACGAAGAAAGGGUCGGGCAACUACGGUGUGUGUUUGCUGCUGUGCGUUCGCGGCUGCUCGUAAAAAUGCAUUCCCACUCAAAUGACCGUGACACAGUAAUUGCCACUGGAUUGAAUCAAUGUUUGCAGGAUGGCGGUGUGGGGCGCUGGGGCAUGACUUGCAUGUCGUGCAUGCCGUUUGCAUGUGCGUAGCAGAGGUGACGUGUAGGUGAAGUCAGGACACACCUGCUGCGUGUGGGGAGCCACAACUUCACAAGUGGAUUCGCCCCUGGUCCACGUCACGUUCCUUGGCGGCCUGCGUGUUCAGGAGCUGGUGACGAAUGGACGCAAGGUUGCAAAUAGACAGUUGGACACGUCGACAAAGAUGCAUUGUGCUAAUGAAGCUAGCAGGCUCAUGUCUGCGCUUGCCUGUGUGCUUGAGCUGGCGAAGGAUUUGUGGAUAGGUCUGUUUGGGUCGCUAAGUCUCGCUCUCAACCUGCGUUCAGGGCUGCAUACCAGCUCAGAUUCCUGAAUGCUGGGGUCUAGGACCCAGGGCGGCACACCGAGUGACCACCUCGCCAACCUGCCCCUGGCCCUGUCCCACACUACACAAUACACAGUAACUCCGGCGUUCGAC